GACAUUUUCCAGAUGCCGUAAAGUUGUUUGUCUGUACACAUGGUCCAUUAUGGAGGGUAAACCAAGAAAGAAGUCAUUCACGCCAAAAGACGGAAAGAAACCUUCAUUCAAAUCCAAAGGUAAGCCUGGUGGAAAACCACAAGGCAAACGGCCAUUCAAACCUCACAACACCGACAAAGGCAAGGGUUUUAGAAAGCCAGCUGGAGAAGGAGGACCACAGAAGUUCAACAGAAAACCAACAGAUGGAAAAUUUGCCAAGAAGAGGAAAUUUCCUGGAGACAGAAUCAAGCAGGAGGAAGGCGCUGAACAAAAAAAACCUAAAUGGGAUGAGUUUAAGCAAAAAAAGAAAGAGCUGAAGCAGAAUCGUCAGCAGAAUGAUAGAAAAGAGAGUUAUCAGAUCGUAAGCAGAGCAAAGCAAGUGUGGGAGAUUGUAAGGCGGAAAGACUGUGAUAAACAAAAAAGGACCAAACUGAUGAAAGAGCUGCAGGGACUUGUAAAAGGCAAAAUUAAAACAAUUGCAUUUGCACAUGAUUCCACGCGGGUGCUUCAGUGUUUUAUUCAGUUUGGCAGUGAUAAGCAGAGAAAGGAGGUGUUUGAUGAACUGAAAGAGCACAUUGUGGAGUUGAGUAAAUCUAAAUAUGCCAGAAACAUUGUGAAGAAGUUCCUAAUGUAUGGGAGUAAAGAGCAGGUGGGUGAAGUGAUGUUGGCUUUUAAGGGGAAGGUGAGGCAGAUGCUCAGACACUCUGAGGCGUCUUCAGUUGUGGAGUAUGCUUACAAUGAUAAAGCCAUCCUCUCUCAGAGACUCAUGCUCACCGAGGAGCUCUACGGAAACACGUUCACCGUUUUAAAGUCAUCAGUUUGUCCUACGUUAGAGAAAGUUUUGGAAGCAAAUCCAAAGAAAUUGGAAAGCAUCUUGGAUGAAAUGAAGCAGAUCCUUACACCCAUGGCACAGAAAGAGGCUGUCAUUAAACAUUCAUUGGUUCACAAAGUUUUCCUGGACUUCUUCGAGCAUGCUCCAGACAAACAGAGAACGGAGAUGAUUGAGUCGAUCAGAGAGGCUGUCGUGUACAUGGCACACACACAUGAUGGAGCCAGAGUCACCAUGCACUGUUUAUGGCACGGCACAACUAAGGACCGAAAAGUUAUAGUAAAAACGAUGAAAUCGUAUAUUGCGAAGUUUGCCAUGGGUGAAUAUGCUCAUCUUGUACUUCUGGCUGCAUUUGAUUGCAUUGAUGACACCAAACUGGUUAAACAAAUUAUUAUCUCAGAAAUGGUUAGUUCCUUAUCUGAAAUAAUAAGCAAUAAACACGGUAAAAAAGUGCUGCUUUACCUGCUGAGCCCCAGAGACCCUGCUCACCUCUUACCUGAGAUCAUUCAAGUGCUGGAGAAAGGGGAUGGCAAUGCACACAGUAAGAAGGAUGUGCUGAUUAGGAGGAAGGAGCUGCUGGAGGCCGCAUCUCCUUCUCUGCUGAAUCAUUUGUGUGAAAAUGCUCAGUCUAUGGUCAUGGAUAAAUCCUGCUGUGUGGCGGUGAGCGACAUCCUGGGCUCUGCCGUUGGAGAUCUCAGACCUGCUAUGGAGGCAGUGGCAGCUCUGGCAGACGGACCCCUCGUACCAGGUGGAAAGGAUGGACAGCUGCAUAUGGCUGAACACCCCGCUGGUCAUCUGGUGCUGAAAUGGUUGAUCGAGCAGGACACCAAGAUGAAGGACACAGAGAGAGAGGAGCGUUUUUCCAGGAUUCUUCUGGAAAAGGUGGGGUUGGAGAACCUCAAGACGUGGGCUUCGGUCAACCGUGGUGCCAUUAUUCUUUGCUGCCUUCUCCAGAGUGCAGAUGAAAGUGUUGCUGAAGAAGUGAAAGUCAUGCUGAAAUCCAGCAUUCCCGAACUACAGCAGCUCCAGAACUCGAAAGGAGUUGAGGUUCUGCUUGAAAAACUUGCAUAAAAAAGGUUGAUCUCCCAAUGAUUUUUCUUAGUUUGUUUUCUUCAUUUUUUUUUAAAUUGUGCAUUUCUAUGAUGUUGUAUGUAAAUACAAAAUACACACAAUGAGACCUGGAAA